GCUCAAGCAACAAACGCGCGAACGCGUCUUGCGGCAGAACCAGCUUGCGACUGAAAUUUGCUAAUUCAGGUUACAUGGCGACGGAGCUGUUUAUUUGAAAUUUUCUCUAUUUUUUAUUGGGAAUUAUGGUAAUGCUCUCGUCCUCUAAAUUCGUUUUCAAUCCCAAUGUUUUUUUUCGACUGCGAUCGUGUGUCUGGCAACAGUUCAGAUGUGUGACAUCUAUGAAAAAUGAUUUUAUGAAUGUGUACGACACAAUUGUUAGAGAGAAACGUCUUCAAGAGGAUUCCAAGCAAAGAGACGCUGUCCGGAUUUUGGACGAUGUAUUUCAUCAAUUGGCGGCCUACCAACAGCCUUCUGUUGUCGCAGACGAGAACGCGAAAAGCGGUUCCCAAUCGGCAAUAACUGGCUGGAGAGACAGAAGACUGUUUGGUAAACACUUUGUCUGGCUUGGUCGUUUUCUUCGGCGAUCUCCUAGUUCUGCUAUCAAAACACCGAAAGGCGUGUACAUGUACGGGAAUGCUGGGAGUGGAAAGACAAUGCUAAUGGAUUUGUUUUACGCGUAUCUUCCUCCAAAUAUUCAAAGAAAAAGGAGAACCCAUUUUCAUUCAUUUAUGGUAAACAUGCACCAAGAGUCUCAUGCGAUUUGGAGUGCUAAGGGAGGGACCGUGGACAUUCCGUGUGUUCUUGCUAGACACAUAGCAUCCGAAUGCACAGUUCUGUGUCUGGACGAGUUGCAGGUAACGGACGUUGCAGAUGCACUCUUACUUCGCAGAUUGUUUGAGCUACUCACAAGCUACGGUGUCGUUCUGUUCUUUACGUCGAACAGAGCACCCGAUGACCUUUACAUAAACGGGUUACAGCGAGAGAGUUUUUUACCAUGCAUCGAAUUAUUGAAGCGCCAACUUCAUGUGAUUCACCUUGACAGCCCGUAUGACCAUCGUCGUUCACUCGAACACAACAAGGAAUCGGUGUUUAUCAACCAGUCAACGAAUAAAAAUGCGGAUGCUACUAUUGCUAAAUGGUUUAAAAGACUUUCCGGCUGUGACCUUGAACAAGCGAAACCCGAAACGCUGGAAGUUUUUGGACGUACGGUCCUUGUUCCAAAGGCACAUAAAAACGUUGCCGUUUUUCCUUUUGAAGAACUGUGUGGAAAGCCAAAAAGUGCUAGCGAUUAUCUUGUCAUUGUGCAACGGUUUACUACUAUCAUCGUGGUCAAUAUUCCACGGAUUCCUUUGGAAAGGAAUGAUCUCGUACGUCGUUUUAUCAACUUUAUCGAUGUUGCCUAUGAACAGCGAACCAAAUUGAUUCUUUCGUCACAAGUUCCUAUUCAGAAUAUUUACCCGACCCCUUCUGAAACACAGCCGAUGUUUUCUCCCUCGGCAAAGUUCAAAGAAAGUCAUUAUCAUGGAUCGUUCCAGGGCAUCGAAGAGGUCUUUGCAUUUGAACGAUGCCAGAGCCGACUGAUUGAAAUGGAAUCAUCGGAUUGGGGAGUGCGUUAGCGGAAGAGGACAACAACACAGCAAUGCAAAUUCUCUUCACGUAAACACAAUUACGUGAUCCAACUGCUCUACAAGUCUAACGUUCUCAGCCAUUCGCCUGUUUUUACUUCUGCUCUUCUCUUCU